AGCAUACUAGAUGAACUCAAGAUUAACCAUAAAUCUUUUGAUCAUAUUCCUUAUUGUUCUAUUUGUCCAGAAACAUCGAGCAAUAGUCACAUAUCAAGCAUUAUUGGAACCAGAAAUUGAAGUCAAGAAGGAAAAGUGUGAUGGGUGAACUGGUGGGAACUCAACUGAUGAUGGGGAAGAGGAGCUGGUCAAUUACCGUCCCAUUAUUGGUAUUUUCACUCAGCCAUUCAAUAAUUCUCAUGACUACAUCAUGUCUUCCUAUGUCAAGUUCGUUCAGUUAGCUGGUGCAAGAGCAGUCCCAAUUCAAUGGAGAGACUCUGAUGAAGAUAUUGUCGAGCUUGUCAGUAAACUUAAUGGAGUUUUAUAUCCUGGAGGUUCUACUCCAGUAAGAAGAAAGGAUGGAUCUCUUACUAAGCAUACCAAGAAAGUUGAACUUGUUACUAACCUAGUAAAAGAGUACAAUGAAGAAGGUAUUCAUUACCCAAUCUUGGCUAUUUGCAUGGGAUUCCAGCAGAUCACACAGAGUGAAGCUCCUUACAAAGACACCCUUAUCCUUAGAGAGUUUGAUUCAGUUAAUAACGCCAACAAUGUUACUUUAGCUGAUGAAGUAUCUGAAUCCAAACUAUUUGAAGAGAUGCCAGACCAUUUGAUCGAAGCUUUAGAAGAAGAGAACAUCACCUACAACCACCACUACGACGGAAUUAAGCCUGAAGUGUUCGAGAAGUACUCUAACCUCAGGGAGGAAUACCACAUGCUUGGAGUAUCUUACGAUGAGAAAGACCAAGAAUACGUUGCUGUGAUCGAAGCUAAGAAUUUCCCCAUCUACGGUCUCCAGUUCCAUCCAGAGCAGAACAUUUACUCGUGGAGGCCAAAUCCAGAAAUCCCAAAUUCCAGAACUGCUAUUGAAUUUAGUCAAUACUUAGCCAACUUCUUUAUCGAUGAGGCUAGAAAGAACGACAACAGGUUUGAGUCCUACGAUGAGAUCUUUGAGAACAGGAUAGAUACCACUCCUUUGCAUUUCCCAGAGGACGGUAAACAAGAAGUUUAUGUCUUUGAGAUUGAAGACAGAUCCUAA